AUGCAAUCGCAAGCCAGCACUAAGAACAACAAGCGGCACUCCUCGAUAGACCCGGAACACUCCACAGACUCGACCGACGAGCAACCCAGCCAUCACACCCAACAAGCCCCGAAGACCGACUCUCCCGCAGCUCCGAAACAAGCACACCUAUCCCACACCCACAAAGACCCCAUACAGUCGAUCCAAGACAGCUAUGAAGCCGACCGGUUGGUUAGCUACUACAGAUGGCACAUCCAACACCACGAAGACCAGGACGACUCUCGGACACAAGACAGACCCGGAGCAAGCCCCUGGCAGGAUCAACAAGUGCUAUGGUCCAUGGCCGCGACGAGACGGAGGGAGCUGGAGAAGCGGAACCGGCGGACAAAAAAGCUGAUGUUUGGGUUUGCCGCCGCGGUUGUGCUGGUAGUUAUAGUGAUCAUGGUAGUCUUUCUUGUGUAA